UGAGCUGAUAUCAUUAGUCGACUGACUAUUAGUUUAGACGGAACCUGUUGUUAACUGAGUUGUAGCUGGCCAUGUGUGAGUGUGAGGCUGUCGCAGAGCUUUGAGGCGUCACCUCGAUAGAAGGAUUUCUACUUCAUGGCAGACACGGCUCAGUUCAAAUCUUUUGGAAGAAAGAUUAGCCGGAAACAGGUUCACACAGGACUCCUAAGCCACAGACAAAAGACUCAAGAUGAAGUCUUUCUAACUGUAGCAGACAAGUCGCGACAGAAUUCUUGUCUUCCACUUACACCUUCUCCAACGUGGGAGGAAGAUUUGGAGCUCGAGAAUCCAGGUCCUGUACAGAAGCCCAGUAUUGAUGACGUCAAAAAGAGUCUGUAUCAAAGGGAAUGUAUCAAGUUAGGGAUUACACCUGUGGGCUCAUUUCUCAGAUCCCCGACCAGAACAGAAUUACGUAUUCGUCAUUACAGCUUGGGGCCCGAGGGCGCCAGGGCGCUGGCUGUACCUCUCAUGCUCGACUCGGCAAUGACUCAUUUAGACUUAGAAGGUAAUGGACUCGGACACGAAGGUUUGGCGAACAUGAUGGAAAUGUUGAUGGAGCACUGUUCUCUAACACAUCUGAAUUUGAAAAGGAAUAAUUUAAAAAGUGCUGGUGCCGCCAUGAUCAAACAAAUAGUGGAAGCCAACAAAUUAAUUAUCUCAUUAAAUGUAGCAGCUAAUGAAUUUGUUGACAAAGAUGGCGUCGUCUUGGCGGAAAUGUUGAAGUCAAGCAAUCACCUCAAGUCAUUGGACAUUUCAGACAACCAAUUCAGUCAUAUGACUGGAAAACAUUUAGGCGAAGCACUAGCUCAAAAUGAAACUCUGGAGACUUUAGAUAUUAGUUGGAAUCAGUUUCGUGAAGGUGGCGCUGCUUGUCUCAUGGAAGGUGUUAAGGAGAACAUCACUCUGAAAGCAUUGAAUUUGUCUUUCAAUUCUUUUGGUCGAGGUCUUUGUGAGAAACCUUACGAUGGCUUGAGUCAAGCUCUAGCGGUCAACUCCAGUAUGACCUCAUUGGACGUGUCUAACAACAGACUCUCAGAUCUAGACUUUAUGAUGGUGGCUAAAAGUCUGAAGACCAACGAAGCAUUAACCAGUUUAAAGAUUGGUCACAACCCUGUCAAUGUAAAAAGUGCUGGAUUCCUCCUGGCGUCUUUAGUUGCCAAUGACAACAGCGGCAUCAAACUCUUGGAUUUAACAGACAUUCCAAUAACAUCAGAGAGUUUUGAAGACGUCAAGUUAUUAGAAGGUCGAGGUAUCAAGGUCAUACAUGGGCGUGUCCACCAGAAAGAGACAGACUUCAAUUCAGAGCCCAGAGUGUCAAAGAGUGAGCCCGGUGUUGGAGACGGCUCGGUCAGCGAGACCAUGAACUCAGUCACUGGGUCAAAGGAACCUGCUGCAGGUGACGUCUCAAGCUCACGUGAUCAAACUGACGUCCAGGGUGACGAAAGCAAGUUGUCACAGAAUGUGUCAGGUGAAAGUGUAAUGUCACAUGACGGCGAAGUCACAGACUUGGAGAUUCAGAACUCUGAAGUUUCUGAGGAUGUACAAGAAAAUUUGAGUCAAAGUCAAGAAAACUUAACACUUGAACAAGAACAUUUAUCCAAAGAUGAAGCAAGCCCACCCCAAAGCAAUGAAAGUUCAUUUCAAGGUCAAGAAAGCUCCACACAAGGUCAGGAGAAAGAUGCCAGGGAUAUUGAAGCAGAAGUUAUGGAAGGAGGAACAGCAAAAGUUGAAGAUGACAUGAAGUCUAGUCCAGAAGAAUUGAAUAGACCACAAGGAGAAGACGUCAGGGAAACUCCAGACUUGGAAGAGCAAGCUGAUGUAGAGAAUGAGGAGAAAGAGCAAGCUGAUGUAGAGAAUGAGGAGAAAUAG